UCUGGCCAGGCAGGCGUGAGUGUAUGGGGAAUGUGUGGAGCGUAUAGUGCAGGAAAUAGAGGAGACAACAGUUGGAACCCUGUCAGUUAUACUGGAGGGGAAACCAUGACUGAGGAAGAAGGGAAGGCACCUCAGACACGCUGGCGUGGGAAGUCUCCCGUCAGAACAGAUACGACAGAGCCAGAGAAACUAGGAGAAUGGAAUGGAGUUCUUAAGGAAGCAGGAUGGGAGGAAGUGUAGUUGAGAUAGUUGUGGGAGUUGGUGGGCUUGUAAUGGAUACUGGUGGGCUUGUAAUGGAUACUGGUGGGCCUGUAAUGGAUACUGACAACUAACCUAUCCCCUGAGAAUUUUUGUUACAGAAUCUGAAAGUGUUUGUAGACUGGCUGGUAAGACUGUGCUAAUAUUUACCAGUUUUUUUUUAACUGUGAGAGUUCUUUUUCAAUCCCGACUCCAGAGUGAAGCAGACAGUCGCCGGCUAUUGACAACACUGCUGCUCCCUCCACACAACAUUAGCUGCUCACCCAGGUUCCAGGACUGUUCUUGAACACUUCCGCUGCAGGGAUGAAGCUGACCUGUCUGCUGCUGCUCACAGCUCUCUUCGGAGGAGCAGACAGCCAGUACACUUACAGAUAUUUCAACUGGCUGGCGCACAUUUUGGGAUAUUCUCGGUCACGAGGGAAGCAGUACGUUGAGGCUGAGCAGGCCGCUCCAUUGGCCACAGAUUGCCCCGUGGAGUGUACGUGCCCUCCAGUUCUCCCCACAGCCAUGUACUGUGACACACGGAGGUUAACGUACAUCCCCAGUGUCCCUGCACGCAUGAAGUACAUUUAUCUGCAGAACAACCAGAUCGAAGCUAUUCCCGACGGUGCCUUCGACAAUGCCACUGGUCUCGUCUGGGUUGUCCUACACAGGAACAAAAUCUCCAGUGAAAAGAUUGGCAAACAGGUGUUCUCCAAGCUGAAGAACCUGGAGAGGCUGUACCUGGGCCAUAAUAACUUGACUAGCAUCCCCCACUCCUUGCCCAGCUCACUAAGGGAGCUGAGAGUUGCAGGAAACAAGAUUUCCAAGGUCCAACCUGACAAUUUGGAAGGGCUUGACAACUUAACCAUGCUGCUUCUCAAUGACAACCAGCUGGAAGAUGUUGGGGGCUCUCUCAGGGUUCUCAAAUCUUUGUCCAUCCUGGACCUCAGCAACAAUCAUCUGAAGAAGGUCCCCGAGGUGCUUCCAGACACAGUCCAUCAGCUCUACCUGGACUUCAAUCACAUCAACACGAUUCCCAGCGAGUAUUUCAGGCAGUUUCUCAAACUUCAGUACGCAAGGAUCUCCAAUAACGAGCUAACAGACCAGGGCAUUCCUUCGGACACCUUUAAUGUGUCCAGUUUAAUUGAGCUGGACCUCUCCCACAACAAACUGCAGACCAUCCCUCCUGUGAGCGAAAACUUGGAAAACCUGUACCUCCAGGCCAACAGGAUUAAAGAGAUUAAGGUGGACAGCUUCUGUAGAACCAUGGGAUUCAUGAACUUCUCCAAGAUACAAGUGCUUCGCCUGGAUGGUAACAGCAUCAGACAUGACAGCUUACCACAAGAAAUAUAUCACUGUCUCCGGCAAGCAAGAAUCAUAAACAUUUAACACGUAUUCAUCGACUUUGCCAUGUAAUCUUUCCCCUGGAGCUGAGUAUAUAAUGGCUAG